UCUACAGUUUUCACGCAAUGAAGCGAGUACUUCCCGGACAGGUACUUCACCUCUUUGCUGGCAGGAUGCGACGCUCUUACUUUCACCUUGGAAGCCAAAGCGUUUCUUCUCACUGACACUACCAAAGCAGCAGCACCAACUGCUGUCGCGUGACCUUCAAAGGUCAGAGUGCUGCUCUCGGCUGCUCCACUGUGAUCUCCAGCGCCGGACGUCGCGCACCAAGAAGGAACGACGGCAAAGAUGAUGUCACCGUCGCCAACUCACAGCGACAGUAGUGGUUCUUCCAAGCCGGAUAAUAACCAGGACAGUUGGGAAAUUGUUGAGGGGCUCCGGGGGGUUCCUGACGUCAUGCAGCUGCCUGAGCUACAGCAGGGUUUCCUGUUAAAGAGAAGAAAGUGGCCUAUGAAAGGAUGGCACAAAAGAUUUUUCCUGCUGGACAGGGGCAUUCUGAAGUAUGCAAAACAUGGCACGGAUCUAAGAAAGGGAAAGAUUCACGGUUGCAUUGAUGUCGGCCUUUCUGUCAUGGCAAUCAAGAAGUCGACCAUGUGCAUCGAUCUGGACACGGAGGACAACAUCUAUCACCUGAAGAUGAAGUCUCCCGAGAUAUUUGAAGAGUGGGUGUCGAAGCUGCGUCACCACCGUGUGUUCCGGCAGAACGAGAUUUCCUCAUGUCCUCCUUCUUACCACUACCACACUCAUACCUUUUCCUCGCCCUCCCUCAACGACUCUCUAAGGAAGAGGGCGACUCUCCCCAAGCAAAUGUCCAUCCAUCAGGCCAAGGUCAGCUCUUGGCUUCACUCCUCAGAGGACAUGAACAAGUGUGCCAAAGACUUGGAAGAGUGUGAAGCCUACCUACAAGAACUCAACCUGCUGCUGAGUAGUAUGGCGGUCAUGCAUCGCACGUAUUCUUCCUCAUCUAUCGGCGGACUACAAAAAGAGAAGAGGACCAAGAAAUGGCGAUCCAAGCAUAGCAAAAAUAGCAAAGUAACUACACAGAUGCCUCAAAACAAUGCCUCCAAUCCUAAUCUCCCUACGAUGGAGGCCAACAGCCAAGAAGCAUGCCCGGCAUCUCCGGACUCUCCCGUUGAGGUUUCUCGUAUGCAAGACAACUUCAGCAGACUAGCAAACAACAUCCACAGCACCCUGAAAUCAGCCCAUAGUUCUCUGUCAGCAGAAAGGGAGAGAUUAAAGCAAACGAUUGAAAUGCAUGCUCCCCAACCCAUGCAGGUUACGGCCUUAAAGAGCGCCUAUGGCUCAGAUUGUCCAGAUGAAGGCCAUUCUCUGGUCCACCAGGCAUCAAAUGAAAGCAGAGCAUCAAUCCCCGAGUCGAUAUCAGAGUUCUACGAUGCGCAGGAAUACCUCCUCUCCUCGUCCUCCUCCGAGAAUGAGCUCUCCGACGAUGACUCGUAUAUCAGCGACGUGAGCGACAGCCUUUCCGUGGAGACCUGUAGCAACGGAGGGAGCAGACACAAUUCGGUGAGCAGCGUCGGAUCUGUGGUUCGCCGUCGCACCACUCUGCCUUCGCCCAGUCCCCCCAGCAGCGUGAGUCUGUGGAACAUCCUCAGGAACAACAUUGGCAAGGACUUGUCCAAGGUGGCCAUGCCGGUCCAGUUGAACGAGCCACUCAACACCCUGCAGAGGUUUUGCGAGGAGCUGGAGUACAGCGAGCUGCUGGACACAGCCAACAAGACCACCAACCCUUACCAGCGCAUGGUAUAUGUUGCUACAUUUGCCAUCACCGCAUACACUUCUUCCUACUACCGAGCUGGAAGCAAACCUUUCAACCCGGUCUUGGGAGAAACGUACGAGUGUGACAGACCCGACAAGGGCUUCAGGUUUCUCGGUGAACAGGUGAGCCAUCAUCCACCUGUGUCAGUAUGUCACGCUGAUUCAAAGAACUUUUCUUUUUGGCAAGAUGUUCGGUUGAAAAAUAAAUUUUGGGGCAAAUCCAUGGAAAUAGUUCCAGUUGGUACUACCCACGUCACACUGCCUUCCUUCGGGGACCAUUAUGAAUGGAACAAAGUGACAUCCUGCAUCCACAACAUCCUCAGUGGGCAGCGAUGGAUUGAACACUAUGGAGAGAUGACCAUCAAAAAUGUCAACAGUGACACUUGCGAGUGUAAAGUCACAUUUGUCAAGGCAAGCUCAUGGAGCUCCUCUGUCAAUGAGAUAGAGGCUGUGGUGACCGAUUCGAAUGGAAAAGUGGUACACUCCAUGUUUGGAAAAUGGCACGAGUCCAUUUUUCAGGGCGACCCGCCCUCUGCCACAUGCAUCUGGAGAGCAAAUCCCAUGCCAGUGGACCAGGACCAGUACUAUGGCUUCACUAAGUUUGCGGUGGAGUUAAACGAGUUGGAUCCCAUUCUAAAACCCCUACUGCCCCCUACAGAUACACGUUUCAGGCUGGACCAGAGGCUUUUGGAGGAGGGAAAUGUGGAAGGAGCUGAAGAACAGAAGCAGAGGAUAGAGCAUCUGCAGAGAGAGAGGAGGAAAGUGCUGGAGGAAAACGACAUGACACACCAACCGCGCUUCUUCAAGAAGUCGGAGAAUGACUCGUGGGUGAGCAACAACUCAUAUUGGGAGUUGCGCAGAGAUCCCGGCUUCACGAAAGUGGACUUCCCUGUGUUGUGGUGACGGCUUUUAUUUCCUUGAUAUGACCAUAAAGAGAGAAGCGGAAAACUGAAGUGAAACAGACCUCAGGCGAUCUUGUUCUGUGUCGUGGUCACCCAAAUCAGAAUGGACUUCCUGUGCCCUCUUUCAUGCACCAGCAGAAUCGUUUCUUGUUUUAGCAUCAUCUUUAUCUUUGUCUCACCUUAAUUGUGAUUUACACUGUUAGUGUAGACUCAAAUCAAAGUUUUAUGGAUCAACAUUUACCAAAGUGCCUUGGAUUGUAACCUAAAUAGAAAAAAAAGGACUGCUGCUUCAAAAUCGAUAAUAAAAAAUACUAAAGAUGGA